CCUUUCUCCCUUUGUCAACAUCAGAACUCGACACAAUGGGAUUCGCCGAUCUUGUCACAGAUGCUGGUCUCACUAUGCUUAACAGCUGGUUGGAGACUCGGUCAUACAUCGUCGGAUACUCCCCAUCUCAGGCCGAUGUUGCUACCCACAAGGCCUUGAAGUCUGCACCUGAUGCCGCUAAAUACCCGUACGCUGCUAGAUGGUACAAGCACAUUACAAGCUGGACCGAGGAAUUUGCCACUCUCCCUGGUGAUGCCUCAAAGGCUUACUCCACAUACGGCCCCGAGGUCACCACCGCCACCCUGAACCCAGCAAAGGCUCCUGCAGCAGCUGAGGAGGAGGAUGACGAUGUCGAUCUCUUCGGUAGUGAUGAUGAGGAAGAGGACGCAGAAGCUGCGAGAAUCAGAGACGAGCGUCUAGCUGAGUACAAGAAGAAGAAGGAGGGCAAGACCAAGCCUGCUGCCAAGUCUGUUGUCACUAUGGAUGUUAAGCCUUGGGAUGAUGAGACGGAUAUGAAGGCUCUUGAGGCUUCCGUUCGUGGCAUCGAGAAAGAUGGUCUCGUCUGGGGUAAAUCCCAGCUUGUCGCUGUCGGUUUCGGUAUCAAGAAGCUCCAGAUCAACCUGAUCAUUGAAGAUGACAAGGUCGGAUUGGAUGAUUUGCAAGAGGAGAUUGCCGAAUUCGAGGACUACGUUCAGUCAACUGAUGUUGUAGCUAUGCAAAAGCUAUAGAGCACUCCCUCGCUUUAGACGACUUCUUCUCUACAAUUAUCAGCGUUCUUGAUUCCAGAUCAUGCUACUGCUGUUUUUAUGGCUUCCCGGUUAAUGAAUGACAUGACGAUGUCAUGGAUAGCAUAGAAAUAAAAUGCCAAAACCAUGAUGACCUCCA